CUUCCCUGUUUCUUCCCGUCGUUCCUUCUUUGCUAUCCCCCUUCUCUCGCAAACAGCAUCCCACGUUGCAUACGUAAUUUGGCCUAUGAUGGCGUCGUCAAAAGAGCAGGAAAGCGGACCGGUCAGUCUGGCGUCAGAGGCCGAGACGGUUGUCGGAAAGGAGCCUACAAGCCAAGGGAAUGGACUCGAGAAAAGCCAUUCGGACAAGGUCGCUCGUGAACAUCAUCACGUCAGCCAUGGCGGCGAUGAUGAUGAGGAUGAUGAUGACGACGAUGAGGAUGAGGAUGAGGAUGAUGAGGAUGAUGAAGACGAGGACGAGGAUGGAGAUGAAGGACCAGGUCUCAAAUAUCUGAUUGAAGACCACGACGAUGAGGAAGACGACGACGAUGAAGAGUACGAGGGCGAGGAAGAUGAAGACGAGCAAGACGAGACCUUUGAGGAUGAAGGCGACGAUGAGGACGAGCCAUCUUCAGUCCGCGCUGCCAAUGGAUCGGGGGCGGGAUCUAAGCGCGCACGGCCGGAGGCCCAGGAGGACGAAGAGGAGGAGGACGAAGAUGAGGAUGACAACGAAGCAUCGAAGAAGCCCAGGCAGGGCGACGAUUGACGAUGAUUUCUGCUCUGCUAUUCUUUCCUCUUUGCUCCCCUCUGCUCAAGGCGACGUCUCGUCUCGUCUCGUCUCGCUCCUAUCGGCGAUCGCCCAUUGUUUUGGUUGUUGUUGUAAGCUAUAAAUACUGAUCAACUCGUUUUCUCUUCCUGGGGCGCGUCCGAGGACUGGUCUGCGUCAAAGAGAAUCAAGUGUCCCUGUUCUCCCUGCUCUUGCUCCCCCUCGUGCUCCUCAUCAGGCUUGUCUUCUGGGCCGAGCGUGAGCCUCCUGAUGCUUGCUUCCAUGUCCAGCCUCA